GAAACUGAUUUUAACCUUUGUACGAAUGAAUUAAAUCACAUUUCAAUAAGAUAAAGUUGAAAAAAAAUUAAAUAGUUAAUACACUGCAAUCAAAAUGCCAGUUCAGUGUACAACAAAUUGUGGAAAAAAUGCUAUUCUCAAAAGACCCAAGACUGGACAUGCUUUAUGUAAAGAAUGUUUUUUCUUGGCUUUUGAAAAUGAAAUUCAUAACACUAUUGUAGAAGGUAAAUUAUUUAAACUUGGUGAUAAAGUUGCUAUUGGAGCAUCAGGUGGAAAAGAUUCUACAGUACUUGCAUAUGUGUUGAAAACUUUAAAUGAACGUUACAAAUAUGGAAUUGAACUGUUUCUUUUAUCCAUUGAUGAAGGAAUUACUGGGUAUAGGGAUGAUAGUUUGAAAACUGUUCAACAAAAUAAAGAUGAUUAUGGGUUACCAUUGAAAAUAUUAUCUUAUAAAGAAUUAUAUGGAUGGACAAUGGAUGAAAUUGUAGCAGAAAUUGGAAAAAAGAAUAAUUGUACAUUCUGUGGAGUUUUUCGAAGACAAGCAUUGGAUAGGGGUGCUGCUUUAUUGAAUGUAGAUUGUAUUGCAACAGGACAUAAUGCAGAUGAUAUAGCAGAAACAGUAUUAAUGAAUAUCUUACGUGGUGACAUUGCAAGAUUACAAAGAUGUACUUCAAUUAUCACAGCAGGAGCUGAUUGCAUUAGACGAUGCAAACCAUUGAAAUAUGCUUAUGAAAAAGAGAUAGUAAUGUAUGCAUAUUUUAAACAUUUGGUGUAUUUUUCAACAGAAUGUGUAUUUGCACCAAAUGCAUACAGAGGACAUGCAAGAACAUUUCUUAAGGACCUAGAAAAAAUUAGACCUUCCGCUAUAUUGGAUAUAAUUCAUUCUGGAGAAACAUUACAAAUUAAAGAUACUGUUAAAAUGCCCGAGCGACGAAAUUGUUCUCGUUGUGGAUUUAUUUCAAGCCAGGAAAUAUGUAAAGCUUGUAUCAUGUUGGAAGGUUUGAACAGAGGAUUACCAAAACUCGGUAUUGGAAAAUCUACUAAAGUGAAACGAAUAAUGGAUUCAAAUGUAAAUAAAGAUCAGGGAGGUAGUAAAGUUAAAAAUGAUGAUAAAAGUAGAUUAAAAAAUAUAGAUUUCUGACGUUUUUUUAUAUAUGUACUAUUAAAUUUAAAUAUAUGAUGCUGUGACGUUCAGGAUCGUACUUUUCAUUGUACUAAUAAUAAUCUGGAUGUUAGACGAUAUAUGCUGCAGCUUUUUGUGUAAUUGGUACCCUACAAACAGGGCAAUCAUUGAGAAUAUCAUCAGAACAAUCUUCGCAUAAGCAAACAUGUCCACAGGGAAGAAGAAUAAUUUCACGUGGAUUAGUGCGACAAACAACGCACAACUGAUCUUCUCUAAGAUCCGUGUCUCUUACUCUUUGCCGUCUUUCUUUUCGAGAUGCAGCAAGAGAUUGUCUCAGUUCUUCUGCUAUUCUCUGUUCUGAUCUAUCCUUCCAAUAACGUCGAAAGACUAUUCCACCAAUUAACAAUCCAAUUGCACCAAACAUUAUACACAGCAUUCUACAGCAUAAAAAGGUAUUUUAAAAACCUGUUUGUAUAUUAUUCAAAAUAUAAAACUCACCUGUA